AUUUCCAAUUGAAGAACAAGCAUCAUAACAAUUUUUAUGCGCAUUUUUGCGCACGUGUUGAAAUUUCAUAAAUUUUCUUGUUAAAGGUAUUCUUUAUUAAUAAACUAAUAAAUAUAUAUAAAAAUGAGUAAGAAAAGCAAAACCAAGCAGGGUAAUCUUGGCCGUGCAUUGAUAAAAAAUCGCUUUGGUCAACAGCAUCGACGUAGAGUGGACAAUGACACUAUGCUACACACCACCGAAAUACAGGAUGGCUACGAUUGGGGUCGCCUCAAUUUGGCCUCCGUUACUGAAGAGUCAUCCUUUCAUGAUUUUCUACGUACCGCUGAGCUGGCUGGCACUGAAUUUCAAGCUGAGAAACUCAACAUAACAUUCAUCAAUCCCAAAUCUGGCGUUGGUUUACUCUCUAAAACACAACAAAAACAAAUGGAACAGAAGCAUAAAGAACACCGCAAUAUGUUAACAGUGCCGCGUCGUCCGAAAUGGAACGCCGACACAACGGCGGAUGAGUUGCAACGCGCAGAAAAUCAAAGUUUUUUGGAAUGGCGUCGCUCAUUGGCGCUGCUACAAGAAGAUCAAGAUAUACUGUUAACACCAUACGAGAAGAAUUUGGAGUUCUGGCGUCAAUUGUGGCGUGUUGUUGAACGUUCCGAUGUUAUUGUACAAAUUGUGGAUGCGCGUAAUCCGCUACUCUUUCGCAAUGUCGAUUUGGAGCGUUAUGUGAAGGAAGUGAAUCCGGACAAGAUGAAUAUGAUAUUAGUGAACAAAUCAGAUAUGUUGACGGAGAAACAACGCCAGCAUUGGGCGAAAUAUUUUGAUGCUGAAGGCAUACGCACAGCAUUCUUCUCCGCAACACUCGCUGCAGAGGAUUUAAAGAAAAUAGUAGAAGAAACUAGUGAUGCUGAAAAUGAAGCAGAGAGUGAUAGUGAAAAUGAAAGCGGUAAUAAUGAGUCAGAGAGCGAUGCUGAUGCUGAAAAUGACAGCGAAACACCGGCAGAUAGGCCACGCACAGAAUCUACACAAUCAGAAAUAUCCUUGGAAGAAAUUAAAGCAGCUGCUGAUGAAAUCAACAAAUCGUUGGAUAAUGUGGAGAAUUUGCUAACGAAAAUUGAGCAGAAAAUCGAUCCAAAACUCUCGGCAGCUAAAGAAGAAAUCAAAAAUGAUCCUAAUGUCUUAACACGUGAAGAACUCAUACAUUUGUUUAAGCACAUCUACACUGGUAAAACCUACACAGAAGCUGUGACGACCAUUGGUUUGGUGGGCUAUCCAAAUGUGGGCAAGAGUAGCACCAUCAAUGCGCUCAUGAUUGAGAAGAAAGUGUCUGUUUCAGCGACACCGGGCAAGACCAAACACUUCCAAACGCUUUAUCUGGAUAGUGAUUUGUUGUUAUGUGAUUGCCCUGGCUUGGUAAUGCCAAGUUUUGUUUUGACCAAGGCUGAUAUGAUACUAAACGGAAUACUGCCAAUUGAUCAGAUGCGCGAUCAUGUGCCACCCGUGAAUUUACUUUGCGAACGUAUACCCCGUCAUGUGCUCGAAGAUAAAUACGGUAUAAUCAUAGCCAAGCCGAUCGAGGGCGAAGAUGAGGACAGACCGCCACAUUCAGAGGAGCUGCUGCUCUCUUAUGGCUACAAUCGCGGCUUUAUGACCUCCAAUGGCCAGCCGGAUCAAUCGCGUUCUGCCCGCUACGUCUGCAAAGACUAUGUUAACGGUAAACUACUUUUCUGCGUUGCACCACCCAAUGUGCCACAAGAGGAGUAUCAUGUGUUCCCAGCGCGCACGCGCAAAGAAAUCGAAGAACAGAAACUGCCAACACAACAACAACGCGCUAUGAGGAUCAACACCAAGUCUUCAUCGAAGGAAAUCGACAAUCAAUUUUUCGCCACCAACAACAGCCAGGCUUACGUCAAGGGACGCAGCAAUUUUCCACAUGUGCGUGUGGCCAACGACGGCAGUUUAGUGAGCGCGCCGGCUACAGAGAAACCGUGGCGCAAUGUCAAGAAAGAGCGUCGCGAGAAAUUGCGUAAACGAUUUUCGCAUUUAGAUCAGCAUUGAUCUGCGGUUCAAUGCAUAUAUGCAAAUACAAUUAUAUUUCUAGUUGAAGUGCGCUGAGUACGCCUCACGGGCGUUUCUUUUAAUGAAUUGCUAAUUUUGCUAUAUAAUGUGGGGUUUUCAAACUUGUAGCUUUGUAUAUACAUAUAUAUGCAAAUUAAUUAUUAUAAAACUGAAAAUGCAUAUUAUUUUUUUUUUUCUUUGCAAGCACAUUAACUAUCAUAUUCAUGCGUAUACAUAGUUAGUUAGCACUGAAAAGUCAGCAUCAUUAAUUAUGCUUUUUUAACUAGUAUUUUAAAUAUGCUUUACUGCAAGCUAAUGAAUUGAGUUGACCUUGUUUGUAAUAUGGAAUAUGAAAUACUGUAAAUAAAGAAAGUAAUUAACUGUAAGAAA